AUGACAGCCACAACUCCCAUCGCUGCGCUCAAAGAGCUGAAAGUGAGUGAGGCCAACGGCCAAGCCGCCCAGCCCGCGGCAGCCGGCGACGACGACGGCCACGCUGAAGGCUCGGACGACGACGACGACGACGACGACGCCGCCAAUAACAACGACAACGACAACAGCAACAACAAGAAGAAGAGAAAGCCCAAGAAGAAGAAGAAGAAGAGAAAGGCGCCGGCGGCGCAGACGGACCCGCCCAGCGUCCCCGUCAGCCAGCUGUUCCCCAACAAGUCGUACCCCAAGGGCGACGAGGUCGAGUACCGGGACGACAACCGCUACCGCACGACGAGCGAGGAGAAGCGGCACCUGGACAACCUGGCGGCCGACUUCCUGAGCGACUACCGCGAGGCGGCCGAGGUGCACCGGCAGGUCCGCCAGCACGCCAAGAAGACCAUCCGGCCGGGCCAGACGCUGACCCAGAUCGCCGAGGCCAUCGAGGACGGCGUGCGGGCGCUGACGGGGCACCCGGGCCUGGCCGACGGCGACGCCCUGGCGGCCGGCAUGGGCUUCCCGUGCGGCCUGAGCCUGAACCACUGCGCGGCGCACUACACCCCCAACGCCGGCAACAAGCUGGUGCUGCAGCAGGACGACGUCAUGAAGGUCGACUUUGGCGUCCACGUCGGCGGGCGCAUCGUCGACUCGGCCUUCACCGUGGCCUUUGAGCCCAAGUACGACGACCUGCUGCAGGCGGUGCGCGAGGCCACCGACGCCGGCAUCCGCGAGGCCGGCAUCGACGCCCGCGUGGGCGAAAUCGGCGCCGUCAUCCAGGAGACCAUGGAGAGCUUCGAGGUCGAGAUUGACGGCACCACGUACCCCGUCAGGAGCAUCCGCAACCUGACGGGCCACAACAUCCUGCCCUACAGCAUCCACGGCACCAAGGCCGUGCCCAUUGUCAAGAGCAACGACCAGACCAAGAUGGAGGAGGGCGACGUGUUUGCCAUUGAGACGUUUGGCAGCACCGGCAACGGCUACGUCCGGGACGACAUGGAGGUGUCCCACUACGCCAAGAACGCCGACGCGCAGCACGUCGACCUGCGCCUCAGCUCGGCCAAGUCGCUGCUCAGCGUCAUCAACAAGAACUUUGGCACCCUGCCCUUUUGCCGCCGCUACCUGGACCGGCUGGGCCAGGACAAAUACCUGCUGGGCCUGAACAACCUGGUGAAUAGCGGAGUUGUAGAGGCCUAUCCGCCCUUGUGCGACAAGAAGGGUUCAUACACGGCGCAGUUCGAGCACACGAUUCUGAUUCGGCCGACCGUCAAGGAGGUCAUCAGCCGCGGAGAAGACUACUAA